AUGUCGGAUCUGACCCGUUUACUCGGGCUCGGAGCUCGGUCUCUGACGCCCACCUCGAUGAGCAGAACCCCAGCCGAGGAGCCCAAAGUGUCGAAAUCGGCUGAUAGGAAGGAAUCGCAUCACAACCGACCAACCCCCCUCUCGCGUGUCUCGAGCUACUUCAAUCUCGGAGGUCACAAGGACGACCACAAUGACGAGGAAAGGCCAUUGCUUCAGGACACUCGCAGGCAAGCGAGGACUCCUCAGCCAUCCAAGACUCCCGCGAUCACCCAACAGCUCUCACUUACAGGAGACGGCCCUGGCGAUGACCGGUCUGGGAGGGCUUCCAAGGCCAAGGGGCCAGCUGAGGAGUCACGCACCUGGCACACACCGACCUUGAUGCAGAUGGCGGAGGAGCUCCAGGCGGAAAUCAUGUCGAGCCGCGAUUCUAUGACGCCUCUGCCGCCGCGUUUCAACGCCCACAUCCUACACCUCGUCGAGGGCGUGUACAAGUUUGAGGACAAGUUGGACAAGGCCAGGGAGAGGAGAAAGGAGGCCAAGCGCGAGCGCCUGCGAGACCUGGUCCAGUUCGGGGAGAUGAGCAAGGAGUGGAUCGAGAGGGAGCACCAGUACAAGGCCGAGAUCAGGAGACUGGAGAAGCUCCUCGCCCAGCAUUCAGACAAAGGGAUGGAGACGGUUGCUCUGGCGAGGGCUAAUUCUGUGGUCAACAGGAGCGACACUCGAAGGUUCACCGCCAAAGUCCAUCGAGUCAGCGCGGGAGAGGGCCAAAUACAGCUUGGAGCUCACCAAGAGCAGGGAGGUGGCACCGUAGCUGACCUCGCCGAUGCAACUACAGACGAGAGUUCUGGGGGGAAACACUUCAGUGAUGACCAACUCGUUACGAGGCCAAAGAGGUCGCUUGACCAGCUCACUAAAGUCAAGGAAAAGAAAAGGGGACAGGGAAAGGGGAAACAGAAAGCAGAACCGAAACUGCCUCCCCUGGUUCUCGAUCCGGACCACGACGUUAAGGUCAGUGAGUAUUUUAGAAGACUGAGAACGAUCACCGAAGGCUCUCACCAGGCGGCCAGAAGGAGGAGACACGAGUUCAUCUCCUCUCCUAGUUUGUCAACGGCGGUCAGCCAAAACGAGCCCAGGCCACCAACGGAUGUGAAACUUGAAUCCCAAACUUCGAGACCUAACAGAGCUUCACCAUCACCACCUUGCCCUCCACCGGAGGCUUCUCGGAUGACAAGAAACGAAGAGGCGUGUGCACCCCUGGAGUGCACCGAAAAUCGGUCGACUUCGUCGACCUCAAGCAGCAGCUGCUCGGAUAGCGAGAGCAGAAGAGCAGACUUGUUCAACACCGGUAUAGGACAGCAUGUACAGUCUACUUCACAAGGUCUUGGCGAGACAAACUCUUUGCUCGAGGAGGCCGAACCAACAGAAGGCUUCCAAAGGGACAAGACCUUGACCCAGGCAGACUACGAGGCGUUCAUGGCGCAAGCUCAGCCGAGUCCCCGUCGAAGCCGACGUUUCUCCUUCACUUUCGGUGACGAUACAGAUUAUGACGUGGCGCCGCGACCGCCACUGGUGUCCCAUACAACCGAUUCUCAGGUUCGAGUAUCAGUCUCGGACCCCGCAGGUGACAGGACCCCGAAACCCGUUGUGCCUGCGCCUGGCCCUGCGAACCAGAGUUUGGAAGAGACGGUGCGCGGCUUGCCGGUCAUAUCUGUGACCAACACCGAGCCGGCACCGAACCAAGCACAGCCCGAAGACCCAGCCUCGCGUGGAACUUUAAGCAGGGCGGGAGCGGCCAAAGUCAAAACUGCAAAGAGGGACAGCAGCGCGACGGCGCCGCCUGGAACCAAGGAUGGAUCGACGUCAAGUCUGCAGGCCGGUGCAACCACGGCGACCGGAGACACGGUUGCCACGGACGUUUCUCGCAGCCGGGCAACGGGCCCACAGUCAGAGUUGGCGGCGAGCCGGGACCGAGCAGGAGGGGGAGGGAGGGUGCCUACGUCGGCCACGACAAGCCCAACCCCUUUACCAUCAUCUCCUUGGACCACUACUCCACCAUCUGGGGCCAGAGGCUCGUCCGAGACCGCAGCGACGCCUCUCACGACGCCAGACCAGGGCGCUCGCAUCGCGGCCACGAGGGCUGUCGAGCGAAUGAACCGAAGCGAACAGACGACGACGACGACGACAACAGGCAAGGGGGUAUCUCGAACGACGUCUGCAGGCGGGUCCAGGAGUUGA